AUGUUUUUCAUCAUAUGUCUUUUAAUUUUAUUCUAUCGAAUACGUUUACAAUGGUAUUUAGCAUAUAAACAGAAUUUACCAAAUCUUAAUGCCGAACAAAUUUAUCAUCAUUUAUGUUGUUAUGAAUUUCCUUUUGAAUGUUUUUAUGGUAUUAAUCUGGCAUUUUAUCGUACAUUUGUUUCGCCUACUAUAUCAAAAGAUUAUAGACAAACAAAUACAAUUGCUGGUGAAACAGAAAAACGUGUUAAUGAUACAGAUAUAUUAAUGCAUGCUUGGGUUGAUUAUGGUCUAGAUAGUGAUGAGGGACAAGCUAGUAUCGAACAUUUAAAUAAUAUACAUGGUGUAUUUAGUAAUCGAACACGUAAUGAAGAUUUCGUUUAUGUCUUAUGUUGUUUUAUUGUUGAUACAAUACGUAUGAUUGAUGUAUUUGGUUGGAGACAGUUAGAUAAUACUGAAAAACAAGCUUUAUUUAUUUUUUAUGAAAAAGUUGGACAAAAAAUGAAUUUAAAAAAUUUACCAACAUCUUUAGAAGAUGUAUAUAUACUUGUUAAUGAUUAUACAAAUAGUGAUAUUAGUGCAACAGAAACAGAAUCUGGAUCUAUAUUAACAAAUGCUAUUCAUAUACUUGUUCAAAAAUGGUAUGGAUUACUUUUACCAGCUUCGAUUAUACGAAUUCUUCUUAAUGGGCUUCUUUAUGUGGUUGGUGGUGAAAUGUUUCAUAAAAAACUUGGAUUAAAACAACCAUCAUCAUUAACACUCUAUAUAAUAUAUGCAUUAGGUACUCUUCAUCGAGAUUUUAUGCAUUUUAUGCCACCACGAAUCGUACCACAUAGACUUUCUGAUCUACUUAUGAAACAAAAUUAUAUGUGUCCAGCAGGAAAAUCUAAUUUUUUACAAGUUGGACCACCUGAAAUUCUCACAUCAGUAGAACAAAAAGAAAAACAAUAA